AUGUCCUUUACUACUAAUCUUGUUUGUAAGCAUAGGAUUAGAUUUGCAUCCUGGAACAUCGGAUCUUUGACGGGUAAAAGUUUGGAGCUGAUAGAUGUUAUGAGGAGAAGAAGAAUUAAUGUUGCAUGUAUCCAAAAAACAAGAUGGAAGGGCCACAAAGCCAAGGCGCUAGAUGACUUCAAACUAUGGUACUUGGGAGACGAAAGCGGGAGAGGUGGAGUGGGCAUAGUUGUGGACAAAGACCUUAAGAACGAAGUAGUAGACAUUAAAAGAUUUGGAGAUAGGAUCCUGUCUAUCAAGUUGGUGCUAGACAACGAGGUUAUCAACAUAGUUAGCGCGUAUGCGCCGCAGGCAGGAUUAGAUGAGAGUUUUAAAUUACAAUUUUGGGAACACAUGGAUGGUUUAGUGCAAGGUUUUGGUCAGGGAGAGAAAAUUGUUAUUGGAGGUGAUCUUAAUGGACUUGUAGGCAGAGAUCGUAGAGGCUAUGAAGAGAUUCACGAAGGAUAUGGAGUUGGGGAGAGGAAUGAAGAGGGGAUAUCAGUGCUAGACUUUGCUAUAGCAUUUGACCUGUGUAUUGCAAAUACCUUUUUUAAAAAGAGAGAUGAACAUUUAAUUACUUACAAGAGUGGACAACAUGCAAGCCAAAUAGAUUUCUUCCUAACCAAAAGGUCUGACAGGCUAUUAUGUAAGGAUUGUAAGGUUAUACCUGGAGAGAGUUUAACCACCCAACAUAGACUGGUGGUCUUGGAUAUGUAUCCUGGUACGAGGCAACGUAAGAAGGAGAAACAGGUUUGUCCUAAGAUAAGAUGGGGCCGGUUAUAA